UAUGGCGGCCCCCUUGAACUGUAUGUCACACGUCCCAGGCGCGGGGCUUGGAGGUCUUGCCCUCGCCGCGGUUUUGGGGGGGCUGCUUCACUGCUUUGGGGGAGUUCUUGGCAGCGCGGGAGGCUGGAAUUCUUUGAACGAUGACGUCUUGCUGCCUUAUCUUCCUCCGCACCAUGGCCCACAGCACCACCAUCGCUACGUCCGAGACUGCCAGGCUCUCUUGCAUGGCAACGCGACUCAUGAAACCUGGCCUAGUGACAACAGCACUGCCUCCCCUCUGGCGGUUACGUACACAUUCGUUUCGGACUUCCCACCGCACCAUCCAAAUCGCCGCCAGGUGUACGGCCACUUGACGAUGGUGCGAGACCCUCUGAGGACUUUUUCUGUCCUAGAGCCCGGGGGGCCCGGCGGCUGCCAUUUCCACCGCAGAGCUACCGUGGAAGAGACCGUGAGCCGAAGCCAGUGCCUUUUGGCCCAGAAUGGGGGCUAUUUUGAUACAAAGACUGGGGCGUGUUUAGGGAACGUUGUCAGCAAUGGGCGGCUGGUACAGUCCUCUGGGGGAGUGCAGAAUGCUCAGUUUGGUAUCCGGAAAGAUGGCACUCUAGUCUUUGGCUACCUCUCAGAGGAGGAGGUCUUGGCUACCGAGAACCCAUUUGUGCAGCUUGUCAGCGGAGUGGGCUGGCUUCUGCGGGAUGGAGAGGUCUACAUGAAUCAGAGCCGGGUGGCAGAAUGCGACAAGACUCAGGAAACAGGGACUUUUGACACUUUUGUCAAUAUUGUGUCUGCCAGGACGGCUGUGGGGCAUGACCGACAAGGACAGCUGGUGUUGUUUCACGCUGAUGGGCAGUCAGGCGUCAGAGGCCUGAACCUCUGGGAAAUGGCGGAUUUCCUGAAGGAGCGCGGCGUUGUGAAUGCAAUCAAUCUGGACGGUGGGGGAUCGGCUACUUUUGUCGUCAACGGAUCUCUUGCUAACUACCCUUCGGAUCACUGCGUACUUGACCCCACCUGGCGCUGCCCCCGGAGCAUUUCGACCGUCUUGUGCGUGCACGAGCCUGCCUGCCAGCCUCAAAACUGCAGCGGACACGGGCACUGCAUGCUUGGGCGAUGCCACUGCCACGGAGCCUUCUGGAGCGGGCCGGCCUGCGAUGUGCUGGACUGUGGCCCUUCCAACUGCACUCUUCACGGAAUGUGCACGGACGUGGGAUGUAUCUGUGAUGCCGGUUGGACUGGUGAAAACUGCACCCAAGCUUGCACCCAUGGUUCCUAUGGGGACAGCUGUGCUCAGAAAUGCCUGUGCCGCAACGACGGCAAAUGUGACCCUGUGCACGGAUCCUGCACUUGCCCCGCGGGCUUCCAAGGAAUCUUCUGUGAAGAAGCCUGCCCUCUCGGACGAUACGGACCUAACUGCCAGCAUUCCUGUCAGUGCCCAAACCAGUGUUACUGUGAUCAGAGGACGGGCAGCUGCAAUAUUUCUCUAGACUCAGCCGUCCUGGAUAAAUUAUCUAGAGUUGGGCUGUGCCUGCUACAAGCUACCUCAAGGGAAGAGUUCCUUUUCUCCAAGAGAGCCUGGGUCGCAAUCAGCCUGGGUUUGCUUGUCCUGCUUUCGCUCAGCGUGCUGGUGAACGUCAGACUGGCUCUCCGCAGCACCAACAAGCGACACGAACACGGUCAGUACAUCUCGGUCCCCCUGGAAGAGAUCAACGGUGGGACCAAAGAGCGGAUUCUGCCAGCAGCUUGGGAGGAGGACGAUCCCACCGAGGCUGCCUGGGACACGAAUCUGACAGAAAGCGUUCAUCUGCUGUGAUCGUGAGAGGUUCUCUUCCCUGGAGCAGAAUCCUCACCGUUCUUCAGUGUAGUUUUUGCUCCAUCGGUUGCCAUUUUUCCUCGUUGCCUUAACUGGAACCAGCGGCCUUGGAGAGGGGUCUGGAAUUCUUUGGGUUUCCAAAGAGGGAAGCUUCCAUAUUUGGUUGGAAAUACUUUCUCCCGCCAAGUUUUGGAGAGAAGGUGAGUGAAUGUCAGUCACCAGAGGUGGUCAUCUCCCGAAUGCUUCAACUGAACUGCACAGCGGCGUCUUUCGCUUGAAGCGCUGAAGAAGAUUUGAUGAUUUGGGAGACGGGAACGGU